AUGUCCGAGGUUGAUUAUGAACCUGAACAUCCACGCCUCUUCAUCCCCAACUUCCUCUCCCUUAACGAAUGCAGAGAAUUGGAAUUUAUCCACAAGAGUAGCAGCACCGUGGGUUACAGACCCAAUGUCUUCUCCACCACUCUCUCCCAUCUUAUUGCUACCAACUCUUCCCAUUUCAUCAUUCCUUUUAUACCCAUAAGAGAACGGUUGAAAGACAAGCUAGAGGAGUUUUUCAAGUGUGAGUAUGAGCUCUUCAUUGAAUUCACUGGCUUAAUCAGUUGGAGCAGAGGAGCAAGCAUCGGAUGGCAUAGUGAUGAUAACAGGCCCUAUCUCAAACAACGCCACUUCUCAGUGAUGUGCUAUUUAAAUACUUAUGGCAAGGAUUUCAGUGGUGGAUUAUUUCACUUCCAGGAUGGUGAGCCUACAUCAAUUAUGCCCAAGGCCGGAGAUGUUGUGAUGUACACAGCUGAUGACCAUAACAUUCAUUCUGUUGAUGAGAUAACUGGAGGAGAAAGGCUCACAGUUGCUUUAUGGUUCAGUCGUGAUAGCUCCCAUGAUGAGGACAAGAAGCUCAUUUCUCUUCUUUCACAACACUUACUGCAUAAGAACGUGGCUGAUUCAUACCUACCUUUGCCAGCAUCCAGUAAUAUGUACUGGUUUUCUCAUGGCCAAGCUUCCGAUUACCAGUUCGGUUUUAAUAUAUGCUGGGCUAGACUGCAUGUUCUUGGAUAUGACAUAUAUAUUUCUCAAGACAGUGUGUAUGAGUCUGAUGUCUCUGAGUUGCUGGUAAAGCCUGUGCAUUUAGUGAGGGGAACUGAGUUGCUAGAUCAGGAAUUUGUCAAUAUUAUGCAUGCACUUCAGGUUGUCCAUUUCUAUUGUUGGAAAGGUUUAGCUUUACAGAACAAGGUGUCAAAUGUAGACUCCAUGGUAGUAAAAGUGACAGAUGUGCAGAGAGAGAAAAUCAGUGGUCUGAAUUCUGUACUUUCGAAUGAUGAUGAUUUUGCUUCCAAAGUUUUCUCUAAUAUGCUAUCCGAAGAACGUGGAUGCAUAUGCUUUGACUGGUCAGGAAUUCUGGCUGCAGUUGCUGCUUGGGAAGAUUAUGCAUCGAACUUAAGCCAACAAAUUCAUUUACAGUUUCCUUACUGGAGAAUGCACGAAUCUAUUUAUAAUGUGCAAUUAGAUGAGUAG